UCCUCACUCAAACUUUUGUUCUUGUCGAGGCAGAGUCGAACCUUCAAAGCCUUGUGUUUGCCUACGGACAGUACAGACUACCUGUAUCUGUCCCCGCACCCCCAGAUCGACCCUUCCGUCCCUGGCUGGUAAAACAAAACCUUGGCGUGCUUGACCUUGGACUUGGUGGUCCAUUGCCAGCAGAUAACGAUCCUGUUCCUAGGCCCACCAAGGGGGUCUAAACAUGACGCCGUUGACGGUGAGGAUCAUGGCUUUGGCCCUCUUCUUAGGUUGUCUUGUCUUCUCCUUGGCGCGCGCGCAAGAAAUUUCCGAUUUGGAGUGCGAAGUGAAGAAGGCAGCGUUGGCCUACGGUGCGAGACGCAUCACCAAGAACGUGGCCGCUCUGGAGCGCGGCUUGAACUUCGCCAGCAACUGUUCGCACAGCCUGCCCGCUGCUGGGGCACAUGCUUCGUCCGACCCGUCGCCACGGACUCCGGAGGACGCGCUAGCGCUGUUCGUCUCGCCUACUGGUGACGACGCCAACCCGGGCACGGCGGAGAAGCCGUUCCGCACCCUGGCGCAGGCGCGCGAUGCGAUCCGUUUUCACAAGCGGCAGCUGACCAACGCGUCGCAAUGGGCGGGCGCCACGGUGAACCUAGCGGCUGGCAAGUACCACAUGGCCCAUCCAUUGCACCUGAGUUCGGAGGACAGCGGUACAGAAAGCGGACCAAUUACGUAUCAAGGCGCUGACAAUGGCGAGGUGAUACUGAGCGGCGGAGAGGCACUGACACUGGACUGGCAGAAAGCGGCAAGCUUCGGCGACAAUGUCUACAUGGCCAAAGUGCCCGAGGGCAGCCACUUCACCAGCCUGUUCGUCAACGGCGUACGGCAGAUCCGCGCGCGAUUCCCGAACGGCGACCCUCAGCACAUGUCCGGGCUAUGCUAUUCCAGAACGCAGGAGGCGGACGAGGGUUGCCCGGGUUACGCGCAGGCUACGGGCGGUCUGCAGAGCGACGGCCAUCUUGAGCAGCAGUUUGAAGCGGAGGCCGAUCGAGAGGAGCUGCGUCGCGCCGAGUGGCGAGCCAAACGUGCCGCGUCCAGCGACCCUGAAGACUUGGCGUCUCAGGUUCAGAUUCACGUGGCCAGUCCCAUGCGUCCGCAUCGCAUCACCGGCGACGACCACUUCCAGAGUUUCCAGUACCUGACGGACAAUGGCCUGACGGGAAUGCCCGGCUUUGGACCGGUCUUCUCCUUCUGGAACAAUCCGUACACGAGUCGGCCAAAAGGCGCCAAAUAUGAUCCAGCAGUGUUCAACAAGACUUGGAAGAACCCGGAAACCGGAGUUGUUCACAUGUUUCACAGUGGAUUAUGGGGAAACUGGAUGUUCCAGAUUGGCAGCCGGGACACGGCCAAGAACGAGCUGAACUUUGCCUACGGCGGUUGGCAAGAGGCGCGAGGCAGUGGUGUGCGCUCCAACCACUUCUACGUGGAGAACAUCGCAGAGGAGCUGGACUCACCCGGCGAGUGGUUCCUCGACGCCGCCGCCUCGACGCUCUACUUCUACCCGAACGUGACCUCGUGCCCGGACCUCAGCAAAGCCGAGGUGGUGGCGCCGCGACACGCCACAAUAGUACGCAUGGAGGGGACCGUCGCACACCCGGUUAGUCACGUGACGUUCCGCAACCUGGUGCUGACGGAGACGCGCACCACGUUCAUGGACUACUACGAGGUGCCGUCCGGCGGCGACUGGUCCAUACACCGCGGUGCAGCGUUCUUCAUGCAGGGUGUUACCAUGGCUACGGUGACGAACUGCACGUUCUCGGCGGUCGGCGGCAACGCGGUGUUCCUGUCCGAGUACGUGCGCAACUGCACCGUCUCGCACAACGAGAUCGCCUGGAGUGGUGACAGCGGCAUUGCCCUCGUCGGUCGCACGGCCAUGAUCGACGGCAUGCACCCGACCUACCCCGCCGGCAACCUCAUCGCCAACAAUCACAUCCACGACUUUGGCAUGUACGGAAAGCAGGUCUCCUGCUACUUCCAGGCCAUGGCGUGCGGCAACACGCUCCGGGACAACGUGUGCUACAACGGCCCGCGCGCCGGCAUCAACUUCAACGACGGCUUCGGCGGCAACGCGCUGCUGACCGGCAAUCUGGUGUUCAACAUGGUGCGCGAGACCGGUGAUCACGGGCCCUUCAACAGCUGGGAUCGGCAGCCCUACGUAGCCCCGGCAACGUGCACCAGCGGCGAUCCCAGCAUCGUUCCCGCCGCGCCGAACCGCAUCGAUCGCAACUUCAUCGUCAACGGCUACAACGGUGUUUGGGCGCUGGACCACGACGACGGCUCGGCGUACUUCAACGACACCAACAACUUGCUGGUGUUCGGCGGCCUGAAGAACUACCUGGGCCACGACAAGAUGUCCGGGCCGGGCAACGUGGUCGUCUACCCGGGCAUUUCGAGCCGCUCGAGCGGCAACCGCCGCUGCCAGACGGACGACAACGGCGAGUUUGCGUUCCAGUAUUACUAUGGCAACCGCUGCUACACGCCCGAUGGCAAGUUCUACACAUUCAGCCGCUGCGAUCCGGCACACCUCGACGACCACGUGUACCAGACGCGAUCGAAUAGUCACUUCUCGCCCGGCGCCGCGUUCAGCCAGGACUGCGGCUCGAAGACGUACGACUUCAAGGCGUGGCAGGCCGCCGGACAGGAUAUCAACAGCACGGUGCAGGAGCUGCCGAGUGCUGCCGAAAUCGUCGCCACCGGCAUGUCAGUGAUUGGCCAGUAGUAAAUUCACGGUUCGUGUGAGACUUGGCUAGAGGCAGGAUUGCAAGAACUGCCGAGUGCUGCCGAAAUCGUCGCCAUUAGUAUGCCAGUGAUAGGCCAGUGACAGUCUUUUUGUAAAUUCAAUUUAAUUCAUCAGUAUCCUGCAUUGCCCGCUGCUUUUUGACUCUGGCCGAAACAGCUUGCUGUCUACAGCAUUGGGUCUCCUGCUUUUAGUUAACAUUUUUAGAAUUUCUUCUGUGCCGCUGGGUGGGUUAUUGCAAUUUACACAUCACAGGCCGCUCUGGACUUGUGAGUAAUUGACAA